UAAAACGUUAUCGCAUCAAGUAAAUAGAACUGUGUGAGUGACUCAACCGCUGAGUCGGCGAAAGUGGCUUCUUUUUUUUCACACUGGCUGCCAGACGUCGAAACUCAGGCAUGUCCGUCACUAUACACUCCACAGGUAAAAUUCUCGCUUAAAAUUCACUUUCCAUCCUCAACACUGCAUCCAUUACACGAUAAAGAUAGAGAUAAACAGAUAACUGGGGCUUAAAGUUGUCGAAUUUCGUUAUCGUUUUCGAGAUCGCAACAGGCACAUCGUCCGCCGUCGCCGACGUCCGUCGAUUGGCGGAGCGAUGGCUCACCACAGCCACGACACUUGAAACCCACACGAGGAUGUCUACAAUGACACGAAACGUGAUCACACACACGAUUAGGAAAACAUGAACAAUGAAAUUUAGUUUCUGGAAACGAACAUGUGCCGUGGAAGAGCGAACUCUUAGCAUUGACUGGACUGCGCUUGGGCCGUGCAGGAUGCGACCCAUUAGGCAAAAGAGCGUCCAUUAUUGUAUUGUCGUGGGCUUAUCGUAGUGCUAGUGUCUCCUUAAAUUGUCGACCGGUCCGAGUGAACGAGUGUGCUCACAAAUUUGGGAGCGAUCCCAUUAGCUUUUUGAAACAUAUAAAUGCGCUUUAUGAUCCUUAAUGUGUUGGGACUAUUCUGGAGAACCAUGGCAGUCGAAGGUGUAAUGGUGACGUACAACUACUCAGACGACGGAGAAUACGCCAACAUCCUCACCGUGUCAGCAUCAGGCAUCAGAUUCUCCAAACGCUGGGUCCUGACACACGGCUCCAUACUAUCCCCUUUAAAAGAAGCUAAGAUAAUCAAAAAGGCUAAAGGGAAACCGAUACUAAAUGAUGAGUUCUACGCCGGUCUCCCAGAAAUACAUGUGACGUGUGAAAAGAAACAGUCAGCCAAUCCGAAUCUGUAUGAGAGUGUCGAGAAACUGAGUAGAGAGAGAAACGUGCAGCACGGGGACUUGGAACACAGCAGCUACUUGAUCAGAGUACUUACUGGGAGGAUAUGCCACGUGUGGCAGUGUCCGAUCCUGGACCGGUGCGCCAACGACAUCCUCUACAGCUGGACCAUAGGACACAAGGAUGGAGAUAUAGACAGCCAGACCAAGCUCGGCACUGCACUGCUCUCUGUAUUCGUCCUCAUCGACUUGGAGAGCGAUAAACGAGGCAUUGAGAGCUUGAGGCCACUGUCAUCCUUACUAGACUUAGUCCGCCCACCCACGGAGAGAGGGUCCAUACUAGAGGUGCACUCUACGCCCUUCGGAUGUGAGGUGUUCCUAAACGCUGUGACGCGGGGCUCAAUAUGCGGAGUGGUGGGCAAGAGACCAUCCCUGCUGAUGACUGACGCGGCCACUGCACUCGGCUCCGAAGGCGGACCUGUCUUCACUGAGGGAUCUAAGGAGUUGGUGGGUAUGGUGGUGUGCAGCGUGUCGUGGUGCCGCGGGGAGUGGGUGGGGCUGAGCCUGGUGGCGCCGCUGACGUCGGUGCUGGCCGCCAAGCUAAGGGUCGCCGUGCCCGCGCCCGACAGGCCCCUCGCCUCGCACCCGCUGCAGGACGUGCUCAAUCAGAUCGACGCGUGUACAGUGCUAGUGCGGUGCGGGCACGCGUGGGGGGCGGGGGUGUACCUGGGAGGGGGGUACCUCGUUACCUGCGCACACGUCGUCAAAUCAUACCAAAAUCACAAGUUAUCGGUGUACUGCCGUGGAGUGAGCGAGACAGCAAUAGUGCGAUAUAAGACGCCAGACAAGAAGGCGUAUGAUCUCGCACUAUUGUUCACAAACCCUGAGAAACUGAGUCACAUGAGUCCAGCAGUGCUUUCCACUGUACCGGCUGAAAAAGGAGAAUCAGUACUAGCGGCGGGUUUCCCUUACUUCAAUGAGUUCGACCUCACCAACUUGAUCCCGACCAUCACGUCAGGCCACGUGAACACAGUGUCGCCCUCUAUGAUACAAACCUCGUGCUGCGUGCAAUCCGGCUUCAGUGGAGGACCGAUAUUCAGAAUCACCAAGCCAAAGAACCGCGUGGAGGUGCUGGGUAUCAUCGCCAUCAACGUGACGAGUGACGGUGGUGCGUGCUUCCCCUACGUCAACAUGGCGGUGCCGGCCGCAGUGUUCAGCCACGCACUCGCGCACUACAUACUCAACAAAGAUGAAACGAAACUCGCUGGUAUCGAAAACAAUAAGGAAAUGAUUCAAGCUCAGUGGAGGCUAAUGCCGUACAGGUCGAAAAUAUGAUGCUUUGAGGUACCUCACACUUCAGUGGGAUGGGUUACAUUAGAGUUCCUGUAAUAUAUCGGUGACGGACAAAUUGACAAAUAUAUUCUUAUGAUUUAUACAUACUUUGUGAUACAUAUGACACUUCAACGUGAAUUUUAAAUAAUUGCUUAUAGUCCUGCUGACUGCACAGUUGGUGCGGUGGCUGGGCAACCAGCUACCGCGCAACGUGUUGCUGCUUCGAUUUCUGCGCGAAGCAACUCUUUGUGUGAUCCACAAAUUGUUGUUUCGGGUCUGGGUGACAUGCACAUCAGUGCAUGUGAACUUGUAUGUUUGUAAACGCACCCACAACACAAGAGAAAAUCCUAGUGCGGGGCAACGUUUAAAAAAAAAGUCCUUCGUAAGACUAUCUAAAUACUGUUUUUUAGACAUUCCUAUAUAACUACAAAGCAGUCAUUUAAAAUUCAUGCUGUAUUUAAUUUAUAUGUUGUGAUAAUAUGACUCUAUAUUUAGCAUUUAUAAGUUAAGAAAGCCUUAGAAUACCUACAUGUAGUAGUUAAUACAAACUUAUUUAUUAUAAUAAUCUAAUAGAAUGUUUGCCCUAAUGUUUAAACAAAUCAAUCUAAUUGUAAAAUAAUAAGUUUACAAGCAUUUUUUAUACCGUAAAUAUGAAAAGAUAUUUAAAAUUGUUAUUUAACAAAGAAACCAAUAAAAGGUAUGUUUGUUCC